AUGUGCUAUUUCACCUCCUUUAAUCUUUAUCUAACCUUUUUUCCACUUUCUUCUCUCACCACUUUUGACCUCCCUUCUCAGCCUCCUUCGUCGGCCUCCAUCGACUGGUUGAUCCAGGUUAAGCAUGGGAAUGGUGGUGAAGGUAAAGGGCUUGAGGAGUUGGCCAAAGCUUUGAAAAAGUUGAUUGGUGAUGCUAUUGAGAAGGCUGAAACUAGCCUUGAAAAGAGGAAAAAGGAGCUUGAAUGCCAUAAAGAUUUCGAGCAUUGUAAAGUGUUGAAGGAGAAAAUUAAGGAAGCUAAAAGUGAUGAAAAAUCCAUGUUACAAUCCGAGUAUAAUAGCCAUUACUCCGAAGUACAUGGGUCUGAGUCUAAAAGACAGAGUGGUGAGAAGGAUCUUGCUGAGCGGCGCAUCUCUCUUGGUAACCUUGCUGGACAGCUUUCGGGUUUUGUCGGCGGUGGAGAGGAAGUCAAAAAUGCAAUUUUGAAGGGUUUGCACAGUAAUGUAAAUCAGCUUGAAAAGCUUUUACAAGCAUCUUGCGGAGAUAAGGGGUGUGAUGGUCAUCGUAGUCAAAUUGAUGGUCUUAAAAAAGAGCUUGAUAAACUUAAAAAUAAUCUUAAAGAGGAACACAAUACUCCUGUAAAUCUUGCUAAAAUCCUUACUGACUGCAAUUUAUAUCCGUCUGAUGGUCCCUUAAAACAGCUUAAUGUGUCAAUUCCUCAAAAAAUUCAGAAGCUUAAUAACAAAAUUGAAAACCUUAAAAAUGAUGUUAAUCAAAGUAAAAAUGCCUCUGAAAUUGACAAACUUAAUAAGGAUCUUCAGUCUCAUAAUGCUUCCAUGAGGUCUCUCAAGACACUGAGUGAGCUUUGUGAUUUUGCUGGGAAAAUUAAUGAAAAUCAUGAUAACACUAAAAAGCUUUUAGAUAACCUCUGCACAGGCCUCGAAAAAUUUCUCGGCUACAGUAGUGGGAAUUACACCGGAGAGGGAAUUGUGUACUCCGACCUCGACAGGCUGUGUGACGGGGUGAUGGCGUUCUUGCACGGGGUGUUGGAGAGUGUUAAGGAGGAUGAAAAUGUUACAACUUAUGAUAAAAAUAAUGAUAUCAAGAAUCUUCCUACUAAAAUCGGUGAGUUUAUGCAUAAUGGUUCUAAUGAUUUUCAGGAUGCCAUCACACAAGUGUCCGAGGCGCUGCGGGCGUGGAGCGGUGAGCUCGAAGAGCGAACCACGAAACUAACUGGCACUUUAGAAUCACUUAGCACAAACAUAGAUUCUAAUAUUAGUAGUGUUGGUGAAUUGCAUGAUUUUGAUGUGGCGGCGAAGCAGUGGAGGACUGCGGUGGUGGGUGCCCUUGAGGGUACGUUGAGAGACGCCAGAUUGGCGAUUGAGAAACUUGAUAAUCCGUUGCAGGCAAAACUGAAGACAGAUUUCGAGAACAUUAAGGUACGGAUUCAUGAUUUUGCAGAUAAUGCGAAACGGGACCAGGAGGAGCUGGUGAAGUUGAAGAGUACUGUGGAGACCGAGCUCGGAAAGCUGAGAGAUGAGAUCAUUAAGGAGGCUAGAGAGAAAUGUCAACACUGUAUUGCUCUGUUAACGACAGCGUUUAGGAGUAAUAUUCAGGAUCCAAUAAUGCAGGUUAUAAGGGGAUUCUAUACGGUGAGGGAUGAUUUGGAAAAGUGGAGCAAGAAGGCCAAGGAAGUUGUAGAGAGGGCGUUACAGAGAUGUACGGAGAUUAUUGAAAAGCUGAAUGGUAGUGGUGCAGGGAGCAAAGGAGAGAGAAAGACCGUUGAGGAUGCGGUGACGGCGCUGCAUGAUAACGCCGAUAAACUUAUGACGGCCGUAGAGUUUGCUAAGGUGAAAUUAGGAUUAGAGGCCGAAGCGACGCAAACGGCCUUAAAAACUCUGGACACGGCAAUUAAAAUGGAUUUGAAUUGUGUGAAGAAUGCCAUUAAUUUGGGGAUUAAGGAGUACGUUGAGAAGCUGGGUAAGGCUUUCAGUGAAGGUGCUGGGGCCGCAACCAUGAGUCCGUUGGAUACGAGUCGUAAGCCCGGUGUUGAAGCCUUCAAGAGUAUGCUAAAAAAUGGUGCACUGUACACAGUGCUGGAUACAAGCAAAGCUGCGAGUGCCCCAAGCCCAGCAUAUGGUCUAGAGUGGGCUCUUCAUGGGAUGAGUACCCACUUAAAUCACUAUCUCAGGAACGGUUCCGAUGUUGUCAGCAAAAUCGUAGAUGAUUUUAUGAAGCCUGUUGACGGCCAGUUGCCUAAAAUUGAUAAUAGCCAGCUAGUGAACAUUGACAACGUCCCGACGUUUUCCCAUUACCAUGGUGGUAAAGGCGAUGGAGGCAAGAAAAGAGCCUUACAUGAUGCCAUCGACCAAAUAAAAAUUGAGGUAAAUAAGAGACUUGAGUCACCUGAAGUUAAAAAUAUAACAAACGAUAAACUUGACGAAGCCCUAAAACUUGUCAACGAAAAUCUCACCAAAUUCACCAAAGCCGUUAAAGAUGUGAUUGACGAUAGAGGUUGGGCACGGGGGUCGUCUUCCCCUGCUCCCGAUAGAGGUGUGAAAAAUCUGUUGCAGGAUUUGCAGAAAAUGGUUGAUGAUUCAGGAAGUGGAAAUACGUACGGCAUAGCAAAACGCCUCGAUGAAAUCAAGACAGCUAUUGGUAUAAUCCUAAACAAGAAGGAUGCUCCAGACCCAAAGAACACUCUGGAAGAAAUAUUCAGGCAAGCGGACAAAUUCCACGACUCAACAAUCCCCGGUGCAGUUAAUGGAUGCGUCUCCGGAAUUAUAUCAUCCCUCCAGAAGAAAGUUGCAGAAAAGAUUGGUAACAUAAAAUAUGAGGCCUUUAAGAGGUACGUUGCAAGUGCGCAGCAACAGUUGAGGGAGGUGCGAAAGGAUAUUGAUGACAGAAGCAGUACGAUCAAGAAUACUAUAGAAGACGACAAAAGAAAGGAUUGA